AUGCCUCCACCCCAAUGGAACGCCCUUGCGGUCCGGGUGCUGAUUUCAAUGCCCAUGCUGGUGUUAGCGUGCAAAAGGCCAUGUGCCCACCGGGGAAGCGAAAGAGGUCCCGCGAGGCCUAGCAUGCAUGGCCGGGUGUGUGUAGGAAGGUACUUCUGUUCCGGCCACGCGACGGCGAAAGAAGAAAGGCAUGGCAGAGGCGACGAGGAAAAGCCACUCGCACCCGGCCCCACAGCCGCUGAUACGCGCCUGGGCCCCCGGCCGCACUUGUCUGCAUCGCAGCUGCGAGCACGCCGUUCCAUAACUCAGAUCUGCAUUGCAAAACGCCCGUUACCUGAGGGCAUCGGUGAGGCAAGGCGAGGAGGCACAGGCGCAGAAAGAGGCAGGCAGCUCGCUUCCUCUGGUCCCAACUCUGGACCACAUGGUUGCCCUGUUGGGGCCGUGCCCCGCCUGCUCUAG